UAUAAGAAAAACACAUCAGAAGUGAUUGGUGGCCGAUCGCGGCUGUGCCUCGUGGAUCUGGGGCUUGGUGAACGAACAUCGAAGGGCGAUGUGCAUGCGAUGACAAUGCCCGUCAUCACCAACCUGCUCGUUGCGCUGUUUCAAGGACAACGCUAUCUUCCAAGCAGACAAAGUCCACUCUGUAUGUUGCUGAGAGAAUCGCUGGGCAGCGUGCAUGUAAAGGCAUCGCUUCUGUUCGCUUCACUGUCAGAUCGAAUUUCCGAAACUGAAAAUAUUUUACAAAUGAUGUCUAAAAUACAACGUGCUGCGAAACCGCGAAAAACACAUCGGGUAAGCGACUCAUUCAAAAUCGCUCGCUCUGAAGCUAAUACAAUGAAAUACGUUAAAAUUUCAAAAUUUACACCGGCUGCGUUGAGCAAACGCUUUUUAUCACGAGCGCAGUUCUUCGCAACGGACAUCUGCAAAGUUGGGAGUGAUUCAUCGUCCUCCGAUACGGCACGACGACGUUUGGCGGCAGCAAGCAGCGAGGGUAACUCCAGUUCGGAGCAGUCGUGUGCCGAAACGGUUAUUUUCCUUGGGCCUUCCAUUAGGGAAGGGAAAGAGAAGGAAGAUAGGUGGCGCGAGGGGCAGGGGAAGGAGGCAAGGGACUAA